UCCACACAGCAUCAUGCCCACCCCCAACGCCGCCACACCCCAGGCCAAGGGCUUCCGAAGGGCCGUCUCUGAGCUGGACGCCAAGCAGGCCGAGGCCAUCAUGGUAAGAGGGCACUCCCCGCGGUUCAUCGGGCGGCGGCAGAGUCUCAUCGAGGAUGCCCGCAAGGAGCGGGAGGCAGCCGUGGCUGCGGCAGCAGCGGCCUCCUCAGAGCCCGGGGACCCCCUGGAGGCCGUGGUGUUCGAGGAGAAGGCGGGGAAGGCGGUGCUGAACCUGCUCUUCUCCCUGGGAGGCACCAAGCCCUCCACGCUGUCCCAAGCUGUGAAGGUGUUUGAGACCUUUGAAGCCAAAAUCCACCACCUGGAGACACGGCCGGCACGGACCCCCGGUGGCCCCCGCCUGGAGUACCUGGUGCGCUGUGAGCUGCCCCGAGGUGACCUGGCCAACCUGCUCAGGGCCGUGCACCGAGUGUCAGGAGACGUGCGCAGCCCCAAGGAUGACAAAGUCCCCUGGUUCCCAAGAAAAGCGUCGGAGCUGGACAAGUGUCACCACCUGGUCACCAAGUUUGAUCCUGACCUGGACUUGGACCACCCUGGCUUCUCAGACCAGGUGUAUCGCCAGCGCAGGAAGCAGAUCGCUGACAUAGCCUUCCAGUACCGGCAUGGCAACCCAAUUCCCCGUGUGGAGUACACUGCAGAGGAGAUUGCCACGUGGAGGGAGAUCUACACCAGGCUGAAGGGCCUCUACGCCACACAUGCCUGCCGUGAGUACCUCGAGGCCUUCCAGCUGCUGGAGCGCUUCAGCGGCUACCGGGAGGACAGCAUCCCCCAGCUCGAGGACGUCUCCCGCUUCCUGAAGGAGCGGACGGGCUUCCAGCUGCGGCCAGUGGCCGGCCUUCUGUCUGCCCGUGACUUUCUGGCCAGCCUGGCCUUCCGUGUGUUCCAGUGUACCCAGUACAUCCGCCACGCAUCCUCACCCAUGCACUCCCCCGAGCCGGACUGCUGCCAUGAGCUGCUGGGGCAUGUGCCCAUGCUGGCUGACCGUACCUUUGCCCAGUUCUCCCAGGACAUUGGCCUCGCAUCAUUGGGGGCCUCAGAUGAGGAAAUCGAGAAGCUGUCCACGCUGUACUGGUUCACAGUGGAGUUUGGGCUGUGCAAGCAGAAUGGGCAGGUGAAGGCCUACGGUGCUGGGUUGCUGUCCUCCUACGGGGAGCUCCUGCACUGCCUGUCUGAGGAACCCGAGAUCCGGGCCUUUGACCCCGAGGCUGCAGCCGUGCAGCCCUACCAAGACCAGGCCUACCAGUCAGUCUACUUCGUGUCCGAGAGUUUCAGUGAUGCCAAGGACAAGCUCAGGAGCUAUGCCUCGAGGAUUCAGCGCCCUUUCUCUGUAAAGUUCGACCCCUACACACUGGCUGUGGAUGUACUGGACAGCCCCCAGGCCAUCCUACACUCCCUGAAGGGCAUCCAGGAUGAGCUGCACACCCUCACCCAUGCACUCAGUGCCAUCAGCUAGGUGCAGGGGUGCAACCUGACAGCCCCAGUGGGCCCAUCCAUGGGCCUCCUAGAUCCUUUCCCAACCUUGUCCAGCUCCCACGAGUCCCAGAGCUCAGGCCCGCAUGUGGGCUGGGUCUUGUGCACCCCUGGAGCCUGUCUGAUGACCAGGGCCCUCCCAUGCCUCCCUGAUGCCUGGACUCCCCUGGUUCCUGCCUGCUGCUUCUCUGUGCUGCCAGCUGGUGUGUGUACCUGACGUCCUUGUCCUGUUGCUACUGCCCACUAGGACCCCAGGGCUGUGGGGUGGCCCUGUGCUUCCUGACACCCCCUAUGC